AUGCUCCCGGUUCUUGCGCGAACUGGUCUCCACAGCUAUCAUGCUAUAACUGACACCCCUGACUACCAAGGGAGUUGCAAAGCUCCUAACCAGUGGGUUAUGACAAAGAGCUGUUCAGCUGCGUUUGUUGCCAUGAAACUUAGAAAGUGGCUGGAGUAUAACGAUUGCACUGUCCGAUGGGUUCGAAGAGAAGCUGGCCACAGAUAUCCCUUUGAUUCCGCUGUACUUGCUGGUUUUCUGAUUGAUGCUACUAUGAUAUCGAAGACGCCGAUAGUCUUUCACUUCUACGAGCUCACCAAGAGAUCCGAGAAACAACAAGGCUUAACUUUGGAACAAGCUUAUGAAAUGUUUCUUGUAUAUGCACUUAUUCACCAGCUCAUUGCCCUUCUUGAGCCGGAAGUUCACUGUGAGAUUGAUUCGAAUCCUUUGCGGUUUUCUCAACUAGAGAAAUCUUUAGAAAGCUGGAAAGAGGCAUUCUCACAUACUAUCGAUCUCUUGAAUCUAGCAACUGGUAUGCUUCUGUGUGUUAUUGAUGGUCUUGAAUAUAUGGACUAUGGAAAAGCGAAAGCAACAAGUAGUAAUAUAUUAGCUGCGUAA